CUGUGGCCGUGUGUCAGUAAGUUGACAAUACGAAACUAGUCGUUUUCAGCGGAUAGUUAUUUGCUAUUCUUGCCCAAUAAAACUAUAAAAAAUAAGUUACAUUAAUUGCAACACGAUAAGCAUCUAAUUUCAGUCUUUUAGGUGUUGCAAUAUAGAAAUUGGGCAAUUUUGAGUUGAAGUUUGCCCAAAAUUUCACGUGAAGUGUCCACCCUGAUGGUUCCGAGCUGUUUAGUGAAACCACAGCUCUUCAAUUAAGCCCAGCCAAAUUGUCGUCCUCCUAUUACAAUGGCAAGCACCUCCAGAUAUGACGCAAAUAAGGUGUGUUGUUCCUCUCAUCCCGAGGCCCCCCUUAUCGAAGAUUACAGGGCUGGAGAUCAGAUAUGCUCAGAAUGUGGUUUGGUGGUUGGCGAUCGAGUAAUCGACGUGGGAUCAGAAUGGAGAACAUUCAGCAAUGAGAAAAGUGGAGUUGAUCCGUCCCGUGUUGGUGGACCAGAAAAUCCGCUAUUAGGAGGCUCAGAUUUGACGACAAUGAUUGGGCCUGGACGGGGCGAUGCCAGUUAUGAUACUUUCGGAGUGGCACGCUAUCAGAAUCGUCGGACAAUGAACAGCUCUGACCGAGCCCUGAUCAACGCAUUUAAAGAAAUCAAUGCAAUGGCUGACCGCAUUAAUUUACCUAGAACGAUCGUAGACCGAGCGAACAACUUGUUCAAACAAGUCCACGAUGGCAGAAACUUAAAAGGGCGUUCAAACGAUGCAAUUGCAUCUGCUUGUUUAUACAUAGCUUGUCGGCAAGAGGGAGUGCCCCGGACAUUCAAGGAAAUUUGUGCAGUCAGCAAGAUCAGUAAACGAGAGAUUGGACGAUGCUUCAAGCUGAUCUUAAAGGCUCUGGAAACAUCAGUGGAUCUAAUAACCACUGGCGACUUUAUGUCUCGAUUCUGUUCGAAUCUAGGACUACCCAACAUGGUCCAAAGAGCGGCCACACACAUAGCGCGGAAAGCUGUGGAACUUGAUAUAGUACCAGGUCGUUCUCCAAUUUCAGUUGCAGCUGCUGCCAUUUACAUGGCCUCCCAAGCUUCAGAGGACAAACGGAGCCAGAAGGAAAUUGGAGAUAUCGCUGGCGUUGCUGAUGUUACCAUCAGACAAUCGUACAAAUUAAUGUACCCGCAUGCAGCCAGUCUAUUCCCGCCUGACUUCAAGUUUGCUACUCCCAUCGACCAGCUGCCACAAAUGUAGAAUUGAGAAUUGUUUUUAAUUAAAGUACCUUUGACCAAUUAUAAUUAGGGCAUAAACAUAUUAACAUUUAGAAUGGGUUUAAUUAUAUUUGUAAAUUAGGUAAAUAGUUGGGACAAGGUCCCUAAUAGUGUAACUACCUGCUAAGUUUGAACUUGACCAGCAGGCUCUUUCUUGUAUUGAAUUUGAUUUAAUUAAAUAAAUUGAACCUCAACUGUUA